CCCCAUUGCUGGGCAACGGUGUAAUCAGAACAUUUUGACACAUUCAUGCCAGUGGCAGUGGAAAUUAUUGCAUAACUACAUGAACUAAGCCACCUAGUAAUCGUCUAAUUGUUGUUUUAAUAGAGUAAUUCAUUUAAAAGCAAUCAUGUCAAAGACACAGCGACCUUCUAGCCGUUGGUCUGAUGGGAGUGAUGAUGGGGGAGAGGAUGGCAUGAGCGAGCAAGAGCUUCAAAAGUUGCAGAGGCAGUACAAGAGAUUGUGUGGAGAUCGAAGAGCAUACACAGAAGAUUCUCAAAAUGUUAUCAGGAAACAGAAAUCACUCAUUGAAAAGUUGGAGGGAGAGAACCAUGAAAUCUGCACCAACUUGGAGAACACAGAUAGUAAUCAGAAUAAAAAGAAAGAUGAGAGAGUGACAGAACAGUUGGAAGAUUUGGUGUAUGUUCAUGAUGAAUCAGAAGACAAGAUUCAAGAGGAAAAGGAAUACAUACAAGAACUUGAUGACAAGAUACGUCAAAUGGAACGAGAAAUCAAAAAGCAGCACAAGAGGAUGGGCGGAGUUCACCAAAGCCAAGCUGCUCAGAUUGCUACUCAGAAACAAAUCAGGGUUCUGGAAAACAGACUGGAUAAGGCCAUGGUUAACUUCAAUAAGCAGUUAACAUCCAAUCAGGACCUCAGGAAGGAGAUCGAUCAUCUCAGAACAGAGAGAAGAAGAUUUGAUAACAUCCACAAGAAGUUGUCCAAGGAGCUUGAAGAUUGUAAGAAGGAGAUGGCAGAAGUCAUUGACCAGGCUACUUCAGCUUAUGAGCAACGUGAUGAAUACCAGAACAAGAUGGUUCAGAUGCAGGAGAGGAACCAGAAGGAUCAGGCCCAACAUGACUCGGAGAUGAAGGAGUUGGAGAGAGUCAUCACUCAUGACAACAAACUCAAAGAAUUCAUGAACAUCAAGUCCCAAGACAGAGCCGAUUAUAAGAAUGAGGAGGCAGCUAAGAAAAAGCGUAGGGGUGGUGACGGAGAAAAGGCCAUCGACCAUGAUCGCCAGCUCAUCAACGACUAUGACCUUGCAUUUAAACGCAUAAGGGAGAUCACAGAAGAGGAAGACCUUGAUAUAAUCGUCAAGGAAUUCAUACAGAAAGAAGACAAGAACUUUGCCCUGUUUAAUUACGUUAACGAGCUGAGUAACGAUGCUGAGCUGCUGCAGGAGCAGUGUGAUGAUAUACGCGAGGAUAUGAAGAAGUUUAAUGAGGAAGAUAUCAGAAUGGAGGGAGAGAGAAAGGUCCAGUUAAAGGAACUUGAGGUUCAGUUAGAUGUCGCGACGAAGGAUGCAGACUCAGAUGAGGAAAGACUCAAAGAAAUCAACAAGACGCUUGACCAGUUGAGAGUGGGGGUUCAGUCGUUGUUUGACAAGAUAAACUGCGACCCUAAACCUGUGAACGAGCUAUUGGGCAGUGGCCAUGGCAUACGUGAUAACAACAUGAUGAUAUACCUCGGCCUCGUCGAGCAGAGAACCAAUGAACUGCUUUCAAUACAGAAUUACAUACAGACUAGAGCUUAUGAGAGAGGAGAGGAAGAUAUCAAUCAACCUCCAAAGGGAGCGUUACUGGGAAUUUCAGAGAAUGCCGUCCAUUCCACUCAGCUGAACAUUAUGCCUCCAACUACAGGUGAUGAUUUGGCCGAUGACUACAGUUCAGAUGAGGAGGAACGACCUUUCACACGAGAAGAAAUCAAAAUCAAGGUCAUGAAGGGUAUUGGAAAGAAAGAGAAGUAUCGCUACAGAAUGGAUCCCGGUACCCCAGGAAAAUCAAACAGAGACAAGGGACGGAAAAAGUAGCUGGUGUGACUAGAAAAUAGGCGACAAAGAACUUUAGCGUGAAGAAUAUUCAUCCAUCAUUCCAGCAUUUCCAUUGAACUUAUUAGCAGUAUAAAGGCUGUGGCAUUAUCGAACACAAUAAUAAGUUGUUAAGCUUCAUUUCCUUAGAAAUUUACUUCAGAAAAUACUACGAAAACUGAACCCGCCUUGCCCAAGAUUUCGAGAAAUAGGAUGGUAAUAGCAACUUUCUUGUAUCUAGCCUAAUGGCAGUGCAAUAAUUAUCUGGUUUUCUAUCUCUCGUUUGAGCCAGUGAUCAGUAGGCCUAGGCUGAGUGAUGAAAAUAGUUCACACACUGAAGCAAUACUGUUAUCUCAAUGUCAAUUGAUCUCAUAAUUCCUUUACAAAUAUGAUAUACUCUGUUAAAUUCUAUGAUAAUUUUUUUUUUAUUAAACCUUUUUGGGGCUGUGUUUAUAAUUUCUUGUGCCUCGCAGCCAUUGAUGAAGAAUUCUUUAUUUCAUGCAAUAGAUAGUGCCAUAAUAAAGGUGAUUAUAUCACAGCAACCGUCCAUUACAACCAACAGUUGCAAUAUUGAUGAUAUUUUGUAUCAUAUUAUCAUAAAGAGUGAGAAAAUGGGUGCAUGGUUCUCAUGUAAGGGCAAAUUAUGCCCUUAGGUUUCUAGAUAAACUCCACACAUAUUUUGGUGUUAGGGUAACAUCACAUCAUAUUCUGGCAUUGUAAUUAAAUGAUCUGUGAUAAACUAAAAUUUCCAUUUUCAAUACUCAGAGUGAAAGAAAUGUGUGAAAUACAUUUAGAUCUCACCUGCUUCAUGUAACAUCUGUAAAUACUAUAAAUAUUGCCAAAACGCUGGAACAAGUUGAGUUGGUUUAGAGCAAGACUCGUGAUUGGGUGACAAUUUUCCGAGCAUAACUCAUGCCUGCACAUCUGGCAAUGAUAUCCAAAGACCUCAUCUAAUGUUAAUAACAACCAUAUAUUUCAGAAAUCAGAAUUAAGUGAGUGCAUGCAUCGACUAUUUACUUAGGGGAAAAUGACUCUUGGUCUGGAUAUAUCCAUCAGCAUAUCUGGAGACAAUUUCACUGCAGGAAAAUAUGACAUUAUUAAUCGAUUUCUAACAAUAGUGCGUAAAGCAUCAAAAAUCAUUUUGAUAUGCUGGGAUGUUUCCAGGCUAUGGGUCUAUAUCAAGUUUAGUCUUGGUUCCCAGACUGAAGGAUGGAUUUCAACUUAUUUUCGAAGAGGUUUUCCCUCACUAUAUACAUUCCUAGAUUUGAUGCUUAAUUCUUGUCAGCAAGAUGUUUCGAGCCCAUGCAUGUAUGUAAAUGUACAUAAUAAGACAAGACCUGUUGCAUCAACUACUAGGAGUCAUUUUAUGAUUAGAGUAACGAGACACAAUUACAAGGCCAUAGGAUGUGAGGAAUUGUUUUCGGGAUCUCAUUUCUACUGCUGCUAUUUUAUUGAAUGUGUUAUGAGAUUAGACAAAUUGUAGAGAAAUGGCUUGAAAAGUGUACUUUUACAUGUAAAUAAUGUUUUCCAGUUCAUACUUGAGGUCACUCCCGUGGAGAAAAUGUGCUUUGAAACGAUGCAUUUCGAAAUUUGUCUAAACAUCUGUGUGAAAUACGAUAUUGUAUUAUAAACGUGAGGUUAAGCUCCCUUUGGCUUCAUUACAUGUAAAUAUUUCAGUUAUGCUCAAUGAAAUAACCUUCUGUUCUGUCAAAAGCUGCUUAUGACUGUGCCAUAAUUCAUUUUCAAGUGUCAUACAUGUAAAUUUUCAUUUCUGUUGUUGCUUGUGCAAUUUUGUUGUUGGGAAGUCCUUGAAAUUACACCUGACAUCAUCAGACUCCAGCUGAGGAGUGCUGUGUAUAUACAUGGAGAGAUUACUGUUGACUGAAAUGUAUUUUCUAAAACAACCGGAGGAUUUUUCUGAAACUCUUCGCGUUCUGUGUUCAUCAAAAUUGUUGCUUGAGCUAAUAAUCUUAUUUGCGCACUGCUGACAUUGUCAAACUAUGCAAUAUGGCCGACUGCUGAAAUACAAUGUGCUUUUUUCUUUCUUUCUAUGAUCUCAUUGAUGUUUCUUUUGGAAUUCCUUCUAUCUGAAAUUCAGUGACGAUUUCAGGUACCUUUCUGCAAGCCUUACCUAUAUCAUAGAAAUACAUAGCACAUUAUGAGAAAUCACUUGAUUUAUUCAUUCUAUAACUGUGUUAGACCUGCGACACCAAGUGGCCUAGUAUUUUUCUGUGAACUUGGCCUUAUUCAAAUACUGGUACGAAAACAUGCUCACGUUUACUUAUUUUUAUCGAAAUUAUAGAUAGUUACAAUAAUUCUUGUUACAAUGUACGUAUAAUGUUUAUUUGCAUAAUGUGCUCGCCAUAUUUGAUGUUUAUUUUCUUUGUUAUGGGCAAUAAUAAAUGUGAGGUGUCACUCUAA